AUGAACUGGACGGUGAGCAAAGGGGCAGUGUUCUACAUCGCCAUGGCACAGAACGCAGACGGCACGGUGCGAUCCUGCCACUCCAUGGGCCCUAACUGUCUCAUACAGGGCUUAAACUGCGGCAAAACCUACACCGCCAGCGUCAUAGCAACCGACACGACGUGCAACAGCUCCCAGAGCCAACUGGUCGCUGUAGAAACUGGUGCCUGUCCCCCCACCAAUGUCACAACGUCUCUGCAGUGUGAUGGCAACAUGGGCACUGUCUCCUGGACGGCCGUUGCCAGGGCGGACAUGUACCUAGCAAUCGCCACAGGUGACGACGGACACACCCACACCUGCAGCUCCAAUAACACCGACUGUUCCUUCACCGACCUGCACUGCGCCGAGACCUACGCUGUCACUGUGGUUACCAUGGACAGGGGCUGCCGUAGCGACCCCAGCCCUGACGUUGAACUCAGAACAGGUGCCUGUCCCCCCACCAAUGUCACAACGUCUCUGCAGUGUGAUGGCAACAUGGGCACUGUGUCCUGGACGGCCGUUGCCAGGGCGGACAUGUACCUAGCAACCGCCACAGGUGACGACGGACAUACCCACACCUGCAGCUCCAACUCCACCGACUGUUCCUUCACCGACCUGCACUGCGCCGAGACCUACGCUGUCACUGUGGUUACCAUGGACAGGGGCUGCCGUAGCGACCCCAGCCCUGACGUUGAACUCAGAACAGGUGCCUGUCCCCCCACCAAUGUCACAACGUCUCUGCAGUGUGAUGGCAACAUGGGCACUGUGUCCUGGACGGCCGUUGCCAGGGCGGACAUGUACCUAGCAACCGCCACAGGUGACGACGGACAUACCCACACCUGCAGCUCCAACUCCACCGACUGUUCCUUCACCGACCUGCACUGCGCCGAGACCUACGCUGUCACUGUGGUUACCAUGGACAGGGGCUGCCGUAGCGACCCCAGCCCUGACGUUGAACUCAGAACAGGUGCCUGUCCCCCCACCAAUGUCACAACGUCUCUGCAGUGUGAUGGCAACAUGGGCACUGUGUCCUGGACGGCCGUUGCCAGGGCGGACAUGUACCUAGCAACCGCCACAGGUGACGACGGACAUACCCACACCUGCAGCUCCAACUCCACCGACUGUUCCUUCACCGACCUGCACUGCGCCGAGACCUACGCUGUCACUGUGGUUACCAUGGACAGGGGCUGCCGUAGCGACCCCAGCCCUGACGUUGAACUCAGAACAGCACUGUGUCCACCCAUCGACCUGGAGGGCAUGGUGUCCUGUUCCACCAACAUCCUGUCCCUGACCUGGGAUGCCAGCCCAGUGUGCCUGUCCCCCACCAAUGUCACAACGUCUCUGCAGUGUGAUGGCAACAUGGGCACUGUGUCCUGGACGGCCGUUGCCAGGGCGGACAUGUACCUAGCAACCGCCACAGGUGACGACGGACAUACCCACACCUGCAGCUCCAACUCCACCGACUGUUCCUUCACCGACCUGCACUGCGCCGAGACCUACGCUGUCACUGUGGUUACCAUGGACAGGGGCUGCCGUAGCGACCCCAGCCCUGACGUUGAACUCAGAACAGCACUGUGUCCACCCAUCGACCUGGAGGGCAUGGUGUCCUGUUCCACCAACAUCCUGUCCCUGACCUGGGAUGCCAGCCCAGUGUGCCUGUCCCCCACCAAUGUCACAACGUCUCUGCAGUGUGAUGGCAACAUGGGCACUGUCUCCUGGACGGCCGUUGCCAGGGCGGACAUGUACCUAGCAAUCGCCACAGGUGACGACGGACACACCCACACCUGCAGCUCCAAUAACACCGACUGUUCCUUCACCGACCUGCACUGCGCCGAGACCUACGCUGUCACUGUGGUUACCAUGGACAGGGGCUGCCGUAGCGACCCCAGCCCUGACGUUGAACUCAGAACAGGUGCCUGUCCCCCCACCAAUGUCACAACGUCUCUGCAGUGUGAUGGCAACAUGGGCACUGUGUCCUGGACGGCCGUUGCCAGGGCGGACAUGUACCUAGCAACCGCCACAGGUGACGACGGACAUACCCACACCUGCAGCUCCAACUCCACCGACUGUUCCUUCACCGACCUGCACUGCGCCGAGACCUACGCUGUCACUGUGGUUACCAUGGACAGGGGCUGCCGUAGCGACCCCAGCCCUGACGUUGAACUCAGAACAGGUGCCUGUCCCCCCACCAAUGUCACAACGUCUCUGCAGUGUGAUGGCAACAUGGGCACUGUGUCCUGGACGGCCGUUGCCAGGGCGGACAUGUACCUAGCAACCGCCACAGGUGACGACGGACAUACCCACACCUGCAGCUCCAACUCCACCGACUGUUCCUUCACCGACCUGCACUGCGCCGAGACCUACGCUGUCACUGUGGUUACCAUGGACAGGGGCUGCCGUAGCGACCCCAGCCCUGACGUUGAACUCAGAACAGGUGCCUGUCCCCCCACCAAUGUCACAACGUCUCUGCAGUGUGAUGGCAACAUGGGCACUGUGUCCUGGACGGCCGUUGCCAGGGCGGACAUGUACCUAGCAACCGCCACAGGUGACGACGGACAUACCCACACCUGCAGCUCCAACUCCACCGACUGUUCCUUCACCGACCUGCACUGCGCCGAGACCUACGCUGUCACUGUGGUUACCAUGGACAGGGGCUGCCGUAGCGACCCCAGCCCUGACGUUGAACUCAGAACAGGUGCCUGUCCCCCCACCAAUGUCACAACGUCUCUGCAGUGUGAUGGCAACAUGGGCACUGUGUCCUGGACGGCCGUUGCCAGGGCGGACAUGUACCUAGCAACCGCCACAGGUGACGACGGACAUACCCACACCUGCAGCUCCAACUCCACCGACUGUUCCUUCACCGACCUGCACUGCGCCGAGACCUACGCUGUCACUGUGGUUACCAUGGACAGGGGCUGCCGUAGCGACCCCAGCCCUGACGUUGAACUCAGAACAGCACUGUGUCCACCCAUCGACCUGGAGGGCAUGGUGUCCUGUUCCACCAACAUCCUGUCCCUGACCUGGGAUGCCAGCCCAGUGUGCCUGUCCCCCACCAAUGUCACAACGUCUCUGCAGUGUGAUGGCAACAUGGGCACUGUGUCCUGGACGGCCGUUGCCAGGGCGGACAUGUACCUAGCAACCGCCACAGGUGACGACGGACAUACCCACACCUGCAGCUCCAACUCCACCGACUGUUCCUUCACCGACCUGCACUGCGCCGAGACCUACGCUGUCACUGUGGUUACCAUGGACAGGGGCUGCCGUAGCGACCCCAGCCCUGACGUUGAACUCAGAACAGGUGCCUGUCCCCCCACCAAUGUCACAACGUCUCUGCAGUGUGAUGGCAACAUGGGCACUGUCUCCUGGACGGCCGUUGCCAGGGCGGACAUGUACCUAGCAACCGCCACAGGUGACGACGGACACACCCACACCUGCAGCUCCAACUCCACCGACUGUUCCUUCACCGACCUGCACUGCGCCGAGACCUACGCUGUCACUGUGGUUACCAUGGACAGGGGCUGCCGUAGCGACCCCAGCCCUGACGUUGAACUCAGAACAGGUGCCUGUCCCCCCACCAAUGUCACAACGUCUCUGCAGUGUGAUGGCAACAUGGGCACUGUGUCCUGGACGGCCGUUGCCAGGGCGGACAUGUACCUAGCAACCGCCACAGGUGACGACGGACAUACCCACACCUGCAGCUCCAACUCCACCGACUGUUCCUUCACCGACCUGCACUGCGCCGAGACCUACGCUGUCACUGUGGUUACCAUGGACAGGGGCUGCCGUAGCGACCCCAGCCCUGACGUUGAACUCAAAACAGCACUGUGUCCACCCAUCGACCUGGAGGGCAUGGUGUCCUGUUCCACCAACAUCCUGUCCCUGACCUGGGAUGCCAGCCCAGUGUCCGGGGCCAAUAACACCUUACACUCCUUGAAGAUAGGGGGUGCCUGUCCCCCCACCAAUGUCACAACGUCUCUGCAGUGUGAUGGCAACAUGGGCACUGUCUCCUGGACGGCCGUUGCCAGGGCGGACAUGUACCUAGCAACCGCCACAGGUGACGACGGACACACCCACAUCUGCAGCUCCAACUCCACCGACUGUUCCUUCACCGACCUGCACUGCGCCGAGACCUACGCUGUCACUGUGGUUACCGUGGACAGGGGCUGCCGUAGCGACCCCAGCCCUGAUGUUGAACUCAGAACAGCACUGUGUCCACCCAUCGAUCUGGAGGGCAUGGUGUCCUGUUCCACCAACAUCCUGUCCCUGACCUGGGAUGCCAGCCCAGUGUGCCUGUCCCCCACCAAUGUCACAACGUCUCUGCAGUGUGAUGGCAACAUGGGCACUGUGUCCUGGACGGCCGUUGCCAGGGCGGACAUGUACCUAGCAACCGCCACAGGUGACGACGGACAUACCCACACCUGCAGCUCCAACUCCACCGACUGUUCCUUCACCGACCUGCACUGCGCCGAGACCUACGCUGUCACUGUGGUUACCAUGGACAGGGGCUGCCGUAGCGACCCCAGCCCUGACGUUGAACUCAGAACAGCACUGUGUCCACCCAUCGACCUGGAGGGCAUGGUGUCCUGUUCCACCAACAUCCUGUCCCUGACCUGGGAUGCCAGCCCAGUGUGCCUGUCCCCCACCAAUGUCACAACGUCUCUGCAGUGUGAUGGCAACAUGGGCACUGUGUCCUGGACGGCCGUUGCCAGGGCGGACAUGUACCUAGCAACCGCCACAGGUGACGACGGACAUACCCACACCUGCAGCUCCAACUCCACCGACUGUUCCUUCACCGACCUGCACUGCGCCGAGACCUACGCUGUCACUGUGGUUACCAUGGACAGGGGCUGCCGUAGCGACCCCAGCCCUGACGUUGAACUCAGAACAGGUGCCUGUCCCCCCACCAAUGUCACAACGUCUCUGCAGUGUGAUGGCAACAUGGGCACUGUCUCCUGGACGGCCGUUGCCAGGGCGGACAUGUACCUAGCAACCGCCACAGGUGACGACGGACAUACCCACACCUGCAGCUCCAACUCCACCGACUGUUCCUUCACCGACCUGCACUGCGCCGAGACCUACGCUGUCACUGUGGUUACCAUGGACAGGGGCUGCCGUAGCGACCCCAGCCCUGACGUUGAACUCAGAACAGGUGCCUGUCCCCCCACCAAUGUCACAACGUCUCUGCAGUGUGAUGGCAACAUGGGCACUGUGUCCUGGACGGCCGUUGCCAGGGCGGACAUGUACCUAGCAACCGCCACAGGUGACGACGGACAUACCCACACCUGCAGCUCCAACUCCACCGACUGUUCCUUCACCGACCUGCACUGCGCCGAGACCUACGCUGUCACAAUGGUUACCAUGGACAGGGGCUGCCGUAGCGACCCCAGCCCUGACGUUGAACUCAAAACAGCACUGUGUCCACCCAUCGACCUGGAGGGCAUGGUGUCCUGUUCCACCAACAUCCUGUCCCUGACCUGGGAUGCCAGCCCAGUGUCCGGGGCCAAUAACACCUUACACUCCUUGAAGAUAGGGGCGGACAUGUACCUAGCAACCGCCACAGGUGACGACGGACACACCCACAUCUGCAGCUCCAACUCCACCGACUGUUCCUUCACCGACCUGCACUGCGCCGAGACCUACGCUGUCACUGUGGUUACCGUGGACAGGGGCUGCCGUAGCGACCCCAGCCCUGAUGUUGAACUCAGAACAGGUGCCUGUCCCCCCACCAAUGUCACAACGUCUCUGCAGUGUGAUGGCAACAUGGGCACUGUCUCCUGGACGGCCGUUGCCAGGGCGGACAUGUACCUAGCAACCGCCACAGGUGACGACGGACACACCCACAUCUGCAGCUCCAACUCCACCGACUGUUCCUUCACCGACCUGCACUGCGCCGAGACCUACGCUGUCACUGUGGUUACCGUGGACAGGGGCUGCCGUAGCGACCCCAGCCCUGAUGUUGAACUCAGAACAGGUGCCUGUCCCCCCACCAAUGUCACAACGUCUCUGCAGUGUGAUGGCAACAUGGGCACUGUCUCCUGGACGGCCGUUGCCAGGGCGGACAUGUACCUAGCAACCGCCACAGGUGACGACGGACACACCCACAUCUGCAGCUCCAACUCCACCGACUGUUCCUUCACCGACCUGCACUGCGCCGAGACCUACGCUGUCACUGUGGUUACCGUGGACAGGGGCUGCCGUAGCGACCCCAGCCCUGAUGUUGAACUCAGAACAGGUGCCUGUCCCCCCACCAAUGUCACAACGUCUCUGCAGUGUGAUGGCAACAUGGGCACUGUCUCCUGGACGGCCGUUGCCAGGGCGGACAUGUACCUAGCAACAGCCACAGGUGACGACGGACACACCCACACCUGCAGCUCCAACUCCACCGAUUGUUCCUUCAACGACCUGCACUGCGCCGAGACCUACGCUGUCACUGUGGUUACCAUGGACAGGGGCUGCUAUAGCGACCCCAGCCCUGACGUUGAACUCAGAACAGGGCCCUGUGCUCCUGGUAACCUGCAGACUAGCCUCCAGUGCAGCACCAACUCUACCACAGUGACCUGGGACAGAGGCAGUGGAGCACUGUCCUAUAUGGUUGUAGGAGAGGCUACCAACAGCCACAUUACCUCCUGUAACUCUAGCGCCACCUACUGUGAUCUGGAGGGAAUGCAGUGUGGCCAGAUGUACAACGUCUCAGUCCACUCUAUGGAUGGAGUCUGUAGGAGCAUUCAGAGUGUCAGCUCAGACGUGCAAACGGCCCCCUGCCCGCCCCAGAAUGUGGCUGCCCAGGUGCACUGUGCCUCAGGCAUCAUGUUGGUGACCUGGGAACCCAACAUGGAUGCCUGGUUUUUCCUGGUGGAUGCAGUGACAGAGGUAGGGAGCAGCCACUCCUGUAACACUACAGACACCCAGUGCUCCAUCACCAGUCUUCCCUGUGGAGAGAGCUUCUCUGUCCAGGUCACCGCUGCCAGAAGAGGCUGCCACAGCAUGCCAAGUCAGGCUCUCAACGUCUCAUCAGCCCCAUGCAUGCCCACGAGGGUGAACGGUAGCCAGAACUGUGUGACCAACUCUGCCUGGGUGUCCUGGGCCCCUGCUCUGGGGGUGGACAGGUACAUGGUGACUGCUGAUGGCGUGGGGGGGUUCAACUCCUCCUGCUCCAUCCCUGGCUUUGACACCACCUGUGAGGUGCCUGACCUGGCCUGCGGCGUGCUCUACACCUUCUCUGUUACUGCUAGCAACGGACACUGUGAUAGUCCACCCAGUGCGACCUUCGAACUCGAGACAGCUCCCUGCACCCUUGCAAGCAUCACCGCCUUCGCCCCGUGUCACAACUCCUCCAUCCGGGUCCUGUGGAAGCCCAUGGAGGGCAGCGUGGGAAACUCUGUGUACACCGCCACAGCGGAGGCCAGUGACCGCAGCGUGCUGACCUGCAACAGCUCUGCCAGCAGCUGUGACCUGGAGGGGGCGCUCUGCGGUCUGCACUACACAGUCAUCGUAGCAGCAUCAUCAGACUGCUGCACCAGUCAGAGAAGUCCUCCUUAUAGGAUCAGCAUGGAACCCUGCCCACCCCAGGGUGUGGCCAUCAGCUCCUCCUGUGAGUCCCAUGGAGUGCACGUGUCCUGGACCGCGUCCCCUGUGGCUGAGACCUACCUCAUGAUCGCAACGGGUGGAAAUGGUGACGUGCGGUCCUGCAACACGACCGCCAGCAACUGCUCCCUGUCUGCGCUGCAGUGUGGUCAGCAGUAUGCCGUCUCUGUGACCGCUAGCCACGAGAACUGCUCCAGUAUGGCCAGCCAGAACGUCACGUUCAAUACGGUGCCUUGCCAGCCAGACGGUCUGUCCGUGUUGGUCCAGUGUGUCAACCACUCUGCGCUGCUAUCGUGGACAGUCAGAGGUGGUGUUGUGGACUACUGGGGCUGUGCCCAGGCUGAGGAUGGCAUCAUGCUUUACUGUGAGAGCACAGGGACCUCCUGUACCAUCACAGGGCUGGAGUGUGGUGCCCAGUACAACUUCUCUGUUCAGGCCUCAGACGGGACCUGCAACAGCUCCUUCAGUGAGCCUCUGCUGGCUGGAGCAGCUCCCUGUCCCCCAGAGACCAUGGCAGUGACCAUGUUCCCCACGCAGAACCAGACCCAGUUUUUGCGUGCUUCCUGGACCCAUGUGAACUGUCCCAACGUCCAAUACCUGCUGGAGGUGACCGGGAGCAUCCUGGGAGACAGCCAAUCCCUGUUCGAGCUGUCUUCCUAUUGGACCAGCUCCAGCUUCUUUGAGCUGCUCCUCCCCUGUGGCUCGUCCUAUAGCGCGACAGUGAGGAGCAGGAACUUUGCAGGCGACAGCGCCCCCUCUGAGGCCAUCACUGGAAUCACAGCCCCUUGCCCUCCACCGGUGGUGACCUACAGUGGUUCCAACUCCUCGGCCACCAUCUCGUGGAAUGGUUCCGUCUAUGCCACCAUGUAUACGGUGUAUGACAUCAGUGGUGUGGUGCGGACCCAGGUGUGCAGCACAGUACAGCUGUCCUGUUCCCUGGUCAACCUGGACUACAACAACCUGGAGGUUACCGCUAGCAACACUGCCGGGGAGAGCGAACCCACCAGGGAAAUAACAGUGCAUCACUUGAAAAGGAGAGAUCUCAGUGAAGAAGAGAUGAUCUCAGAGAAGGGUCUGUCCAUGCCCGAGGUGCAGGUCACCGUGGAAACCCUAAACGUCCUCCUAGUGGAGUGGUCCCGCGUGAAGGGGGCGGCCUACUACACCCUGGUGGUCCGAGAGCAGAGUUCUCACCCCCGCUACGCCAGCCGCUCCCAGAUACUGACCGUGUACGGCGAGAGCUCCAUCGUCACUGACCUCAACCCUUCCUCCACUUACUGCCUAUCUGUGUCUGCCCAGACAGAGGCCAGCAAGGGGCCCGACUCAGAGCCUGUGUGUGUGGAGACUGUGGCACCUGCAGUCAAGAUGUGAAGGGGGGUUCUGGACUGAAGAAAAGAAGUAGAGCCAUGAAUGUAUCUGAAUAUAUGGCUCUAAUCAUGGGUAUCACAGAACGAGAAUGUAAUACAGUCUCUGGAUCUUUUGGUGCCAACAUGGGCAAGGCAACCCACAAGCAAUUGUUCAAUCUCAAAUCAGUCUGCUUUACUCUGCAAAACUAAGGUCUCCUUUGGGAAAGUGGUCUUCUAACUUCCUGGUUAAACGCAAAAGCGACAGUAUGGCUCUGGUCGGCGUUACAGGGCCGAUGGCAGCAUGUAUUGUAUAGUCACUGCAGACAGCUGAAUGCUACCCAACUCGUCUUCCAGUACCUCCAGCAGUACACGUUGGCGUUCUAGCCCUCGACAAAUGCACCUUAUUCCUUGCGGGAUUUAUGAUUAGUUGACAAGUUGAUUCAGGUGUGCUUGUCCAGGGUAACAAUACAAACGUGUUCUGUUGGUUGUACUGGAGUUCCAGGGUUGGGAAACACUGCUAUAGCGGACCGUAACGUUUUCUAAAUUGUCUAUAUUUUAAAGAAAGUUUUGGGGUAGCUUUGUCUGCGGUGUGAUGGUUGAGAUAUCGUAUCCAAAGUGGUGAUUUCCUAUCUCUUUGCCUGAUGUAUCAAGUAGUGGAACAUAUUUGUAUGACUUGUGAGAAACGACCUGUGAAGUAUACUAUUCCUAACACAUCAUCCUCAUCCUCCAUGCUGAAAUUGGUGAAAUCAAAGCUCAAACAUUCUAGUUUUUGUGUAAUUUUUACAAUACCUUCAACAAGUUAAUUUUAAUGACUUGUUUUAUAUGCAUCUUUCCUUUUUAUUACUUAUGUAUACUGAACAAAAAUAUAAAUGCAACAUGCAACAAUUUCAAAAAUGUUACUGAGUAACAGUGAAUAUAAGGAAAUCGGUCAAUUUAAAUAAAUUCAUAAGGCCCUAAUCUAUGGAUUUCACAUGCACAGGCCCACCCAUUUGGCAGCUAGGCCCACCCACUUGGCAGCUAGGCCCACCCAAUCAGAAUUUGUUUUCUCCCACAAAAGGGCUUUAUGACAGACAGAAACACUCCAGUUUCAUCAGCUGUCCAGGUGGCUGGUCUCAGACA